GCUGCGGGAGCGGCCCCGCUAGGCCUGCGCCAUGCUGCGGGCCCGGGGCGGGUGGUGGCGGGGCCUUCGCCGCUGCGCUUCCCUGCCGCGGGUGCUGCGGGUCCGUGAGGCGCUGCGGGCCCCGGAGCCGGUGGAGCAGGUUAAAGUGCAGGGCUGGGUCCGCUCUGUCCGAUCCCAGAAGGAAGUUUUGUUCCUACACAUAAAUGAUGGGAGUUCUCUGGAAAGCCUCCAGAUCGUUGCUGAUCCCAGCCUGGAAAACAGGGACCUGACUUUUGGAAGCGCAGUGGAAGUGCAAGGGAAACUGGUCAAAAGUCCUCAUAAGAUGCAAAACAUGGAGCUGAAAGCUGAAACCAUCUGCGUGGUGGGACCUUGUAAUGCUUUGUUGUUCCCCCUGAAAAUGAAGGAGAGGCACCCGCUGGAGUAUGUCCGACAGUUCCCUCACUUGCGAUGCAGAAACAACACACUCGGCUCCCUCUUGAGAAUCCGCAGUGAAGCCACUGCAAGCAUCCACUCGUUCUUCCAGGACAACGGCUACGUGCAUAUUCAUACCCCCAUAAUUACAUCAAAUGACUGUGAAGGUGCUGGGGAGCUCUUUCAAAUUGGGGUGGCAAAUGAGGCAAAGGAAUCUGCAGAAAAGACCCAUUUCUUCAACGUACCUGCUUUCCUGACUGUUUCUGGCCAGCUCCAUUUGGAAGUGAUGGCAGGGGCUUUUACCCGUGUGUUCACCUUUGGCCCAACGUUCCGAGCGGAGAACUCACAGAGUCGCCGGCAUCUGGCAGAGUUCUAUAUGGUGGAGGCUGAGCUGUCCUUCACCGAGAGCCUUCAAGACAUCAUGCAGGUUAUGGAAGAUCUUUUCAAGACUGUAACAAGCACUGUGCUCUCCAAAUGUCCUCGUGAUGUUGAGCUAUUUCAUAAAUACAUAGCUCCUGGCCAGAAGACCAAGGGCAGGUUGGAACAAAUGCUGAAGAAGAGAUUUGUAAUCAUUUCCUACAGUGAAGCAGUGGAAAUCCUGAAGCAAGCUUCUCAAGCUUUCACUUUCAAGCCAGAGUGGGGCUGUGACCUCCAGACGGAGCACGAAAAGUACCUGGUGAAGCACUGUGGUGAGGUUCCAGUGUUUGUGAUUAACUACCCAUAUGACCUCAAACCUUUCUACAUGCGGGACAAUGAAGAUGGACCUCAGCACACAGUUGCAGCAGUUGAUCUCCUGGUGCCAGGAGUAGGGGAGUUGUGUGGAGGCAGCUUGAGAGAGGAGCGACUGCCCUUGCUGGAGUCACGCUUACAGAGAUUAGGACUCGCAGAUACCUACCAAUGGUACCUAGACCUCCGCAAGUUCGGCUCCGUUCCUCACGGAGGCUUCGGCAUGGGCUUUGAACGCUACCUGCAGUACAUCCUGGGAGUUGACAAUAUCAAAGAUGUCAUUCCUUUCCCCAGGUUUUCUCACUCCUGUCUCCUGUAGCACUUAACUCACGUGGAGAGAACUGCUGGUGUGCUAAAUGGGUAUAACAUACCAGGGUAUGACAAAGUGUGGGUUAGUGGGAAAUCAAGGUCAUUUUUAUAUCAGUGCAACUCUUGGUCCAUGUAAUAAUGGCUUAUUGAAAAGAGUAGGUGUUCUGAUAAGAUUAUGGAAGCACAUUUGAUAGCGGUUUGUGUCCUCAGUGUGCUUCAGGAGUAUUAAUAAAUCCCAUUUAACUAAAGGGUUAAGAUACUCAUGAGACUGGUAAAGGCUAUGGGAGUACCGGAUAAGCAUUGUUGGGAGUAGGGGGGGUUUUAUGUGAAAUAGUAAUAAGGAGGUGUGACCUAAAAUGGACUGGGAGCCAGGAAUGCUGUGAGGCUGUAAUAGGCAUUCAUUAAAUGCCUGAAGAGUGCUUUGAAGAUUGAGUGCUAUAAAAUUGGGAAGUAUUGUCAUGGCUAUGAUGCACUUGCUCUUGCGAAAUGGCUACUGUAAAGCAUGCAUGUCCCCACCCCGAGUUGAAAGCAGAUAUUGUUUACCUUGGAAAAAUCAGCCAAAUCUAGCAAGGAAAAACACCACAUUGGAACCACUGGAGUGAAUGAGGUGAAUGGUGUUUGAGUCUGUGAAUCAUCAAUAAAGAUACAUGCUGGGUUGUUUUGUAA